CCACCUGCCGCCUCCAGGAACCGAUGCUGGUGGAUCUGCGACACCUCCAGACCCGCUCUCUGCCGCUCAGUACGCACUGUUAUCCCUUUCUCCAUCUCUCCUUUACCGUGUCUGUUCAUUUCCUCCGGGUUUUCCCUCCGAAUUGGGGUGGUUGUGAGCGGUCAGUCAUGUCGUGGGCACCAGAGGGAUUUCUCUAAAGACGGCAUCUGAUCUGUUAUGGAGUUCAACUCUUCAUCUGUUUUUGAGCAGCACAAAGAAGCUGCUGAGGAGGUUGAUCUGAAUGUGGUUUACCAGGCAUCAGCGAACGGUGAUGUCAACACGCUGACCGCCGUCAUACGAGAAGACCCCUCCAUCCUCGAGUGCUGUGAUGGUGAAGGCUCUACACCUCUCAUGCAUGCUGUGUCUGGGAGGCAGGUGGACACGGUGAAGCUGCUGCUGAAGAUGGGAGCUUCUAUCAACACACAAGACGCUUGUGGACGGACGUCCCUCUCUCUCGGGACAUACCUGGGCUGGCUUGAAGGCUGUGUGUGUCUGCUUCGUAACGGUGCAAAACAGAACAUUCCUGAUAAGAACGGACGCUUGCCAAUACAUGCUGCUACUGCCGAAACAGACUUCAGGCUCAUGGCUGUUCUACUACAGCAGUCAACACUGUGUGAAAUCAAUCAUCAAGACAAUGAGGGAAUGACGGCUCUUCACUGGGCUUGUUUCCACAACCGACCAGAGCAUUCACAGGCCCUGCUGCAGAAAGGAGCUGAUCCAACACUUGUGGACAAGGACUUUAAAACAGCAUUGCAUUGGGCUGUGCAGAGUGGCAGCCGGCUGAUGUGUUCCCUCAUUCUUGAGCAUAAUCUGGGUUCCUCCGUGAUCAAUUACGAUGACGAGAACGGGAAGACCUGCGUUCACAUCGCUGCCGCUGCUGGUUUUAGUGACAUUAUCUAUGAACUAUCUCGCAUUCCUGAGACCAACUUGCAAGCCUUAGAUGUGGAUGAAAGGACCCCUCUUCACUGGGCCGCUGCAGCUGGUAAAGAUGACUGUGUGCAGGUAUUGUUGGAGCUGGGAGUGGAACCCAGCCCUCGAGAUAUCAACGAGAAUACGCCACUCACAUACGCCAUGUACUGCGGACAUACGGCCUGCAUCAAACUGCUCUCCACUGAAAACAGGUCUGAAUCCAGCAGGCCACUUCAUGGUCAAAACAGUGACCCUUCAAUACGCAAGGAGGGUAAGUUUCGCAUGCUAAACCACAUCUUCAGCAAGAAGAAAAAAGAUCUGCAUCCUUGUCAGCAGACAGACUCGAGUCAAGAAUGUCAGCUCAAAGAAGAGACGUCUGAAGUGGACGACAUCAUUACCAUGUUCGACUGUGUGGCAGAACCGUUCUCCAGAGAUGAGAGCGAAAACAGCUCUACUGCCAGAAAAAGAACCAACGACUCUGAGAAAGUGCACCUAGUUGAAGACACAUCCUGCAAGGACUUCCCCAUUCUCCCACCCAUCCGCACACAGAGUCUUCCACCAAUUACUCUGGGAAAAUCCUUGCUGGUAAACUCUCUGGCCCACAGAACCAGUGGAGGUCACGUGGUCGGACAUUUAGCGCAUAGGUCGCAGAAGAGCAAGAGCGAGCACGACUUGUUUGAUGGUAAAAGUAAAGAGCAGAAAGCUGUUGGGCAUGGAUGGAAGACUGAGUCCAGUCACAUAUUGACUCACAAAGCAUGGAUCUCAACUCCAUCUGAACGACUGCUCGACAAGCUGCUGCACGCAUCUUCAAGCCCUUUAGACGUGUUAUGCUCCAAUCAAACACCAUACAUACAGAGAAACGACCAAGCUCAAAAUCAUCUUUUACCUCUGAGAGUUCGAGAAUCUGCUCUUACGCGCAACAGUCUUGCUCCCAUCCGUGACCACUGCACUCACAGAUUUUCCUUACCACCUGACCAGGUGUCCCAAGGAGUGAGGAAGUCCAAAUCCUCUGUAGGAGUGGGUCUGGCUGUACUUCCACCCCCGUUUGCAUCUAAACUGCAUCGAGCCGGAGUUCCUCAAAGCCAGUCGCUCAGCUCCUUCCCGACUCCCCUCACAGGAGAACCUUUACGAAACAUUCAAGUUCUUCCUGCCAUUCCUCCUCAGAGAAAACGCAGCCCUUCUCCCCUCACAACCCUGAACCACUCCAAAAUCACAGACUGAUGGAGAUUCCCCGUUUCAACACUGUUCAGACUUUUCAUUUCGAUUCAUUUAAAUGACAACGGAUCACUGUUUGAUAAACCUGCAGAGUCUCAAACACAGGCUAUUUUUUCAUACAGUUUUACAGAUAUGAUCUUUUUCUAUGGUUAUGCACAUGGUCGAACUGUAACAUUUGAACAUGCGGA